AUGACUUCAUCGGCUGAGGCGAUCAACGAUGUCUUGGAAGAUCUCCAGCUGCACCAUGUCAUAUUGCAAAGUCUCGAAGAGCAACGCCCCGACGCCCUCGAAGAAAAAGAAGAGAUCUUAGAGACCAUUCGAGGACUAGAAAAGCGACUCGCGGAACUCCGUGGUGAACCUGCGAGGAGCACUCAACGCCGCCCUGCCCGGACUUCCCAAGCGAAUUCCACGAGACCCUCCACAUCCUCAUCGCAACUAGAUGGCCCGUCUGACUCGCCCGCUCCUCCCCCGCGAUGGGGAAGUUCUGCCAUGCUUCCUCCGCGCGCGGAGUCAUCGCGUUCUUUGGGACCACUGUCGAUUCGAAAGCGCGCGCGAUCCUCCCAAGAGGAGACUGAAUCCGAUGGAUCGGACGACACAGAUGACCUAGAGAUUCCACCGGCAAAACGCACCUGGAACCCAGCACCCCGCAUAUCUAAAUCUCCCCCGCCCUCUUUCGGCUCGCAGGCUUCCCGGUUGGCCGGCUCCGACAGUGAGUUCGAAGGCGCAGAUGAUCUUGCGCAGAUCCUGGGUCUAGAUAGCCGUGACACUCUCCUCGCCAUCCAAGAUGAACAAAGAAAGGCGGAACAAUGGCUUAAGGAGCGCAGGGAACAGGAGCGUCGCGACGCAGAGUUAGCGCGUCGGCUGAUGGAGGGCUCUGAUGAGGCAUCUCCACCGGCUCGCCAUCUCUCCCCUCAGCCUUCGAGGCCACCUCUCUUCCCUGAACUAUCUCGUUCUCCCCACUCUGGUGGUAAUCAGAUCGGACCAUCCCAGCCCAACCCUUUCCUUCGAGCUCGUUCUCCGCCUUGCCCAGGUGGUAACCGGUUCGAAUCUGAGUGGCCCAAUCAUUCUCCAUUUGCAGCGGCCAGAGCUCAACCCGCACAGCCACCACGACUAACAUCCCAAGUCCCAUCGCAACCAGACUCGCGGUGGUCUACACCUCGUGAUUCGAUUCUUAUUCAGGAUAGUGAUGACAGCGAUGUCGUGGAGCUUCAACCAAGGGAUUUUCCGACACAGCGUCAGGAUCCCCGCCCUGGUCAUCACCCCUACGACUCUGGCCCUCGAGGUUCCAACUCCGUGAAAGAUCAAGCGUAUGCUUACAUGGAUUACAAUUCGAGGCUGCAACCGAGGCUUCAACCUCUGCAGAACCUGUAUCCAAACCCGAACCUAACUCCUGGACCCAAUGAUAUCCGAGGACCAGGUCCUAGCUAUGGCCCAAACGUGCUCAACAACACAAUGGCAAGGAUGAAAUCCGGAAAAGAGUUAUUCGAGCAAAUUGGAAAGUCCAUCUUUGGGGAUCUGCCCAACCCUUUCUCGUCCACCGGAGCCCCUAGAUACCCGUUACCAGGACCGGCGGGGUAUAGCCACGGUAGCUAUGGUGGCUAUCCAGAUCUUCUGAGUGAUUACCAUGACGCCGAUUCGAAGAAGAUCAACGAAGAAAUCAAGCAAUUACUCGAAACCAUUAGACCUGAUUCUGAUAUCUCCGCCCAAGAUCGAGAAGGGACACCCGAAAGUCUCCGAUUCCCCUUGCUGGAACACCAGAAACUUGGACUGGCUUGGAUGAAGUCGAUGGAAGAAAAGGACCAGAAAGGGGGUAUCCUCGCUGACGAUAUGGGCCUCGGCAAGACUAUCCAGGCGAUUGCUCUCAUGGUUUCCCGACCAUCUCAAGACCCGGAAAGAAAGCCAACUCUUAUUAUCGCCCCAGUCGCCUUGAUGCAGCAGUGGAAACGCGAAAUACAGAGGAUUCUCAGACCUGGCAGAUGCCAGCUAUCGAUUUACGUCUUGCAUGGUGAUAAACGCGGUGUUACCUUUAGGGACCUGAAGAACUAUGACGUUGUCCUCACUACAUUCGGCACUUUGUCCUCAGAGCUGAAGCGCAGGGAGAACUCGCAAAAGGGCUUCCGUGCCUGGGGCCCAGCAGCAAGUGGGUAUCGUAUCAUCAUCGAUGAAGCGCAGUGUAUCAAGAACCGGAACACUAAGUCAGCUUUGGCUGCUUGUCGGCUCAAUGCUACCUACCGCUGGUGCAUGAGCGGAACCCCCAUGAUGAACAAUGUUGAGGAGUUGCACUCUCUGUUGAAGUUCCUCCGCAUCAGGCCGUACAGCAACCUUGAACGGUUUAAUAAGGAUUUUACUCGACCUUUGAAAAGCGCAAGCCUUCAGGAACAUGACAGAGCAAUGACACAGCUCCAGGUUCUCCUGAAAGCAGUCCUCCUACGGCGCACCAAGGAGUCAAAGAUAGAUGGACGACCUAUCUUGCAAUUGCCUCGGCGUAUUUCAGAGAAAGUACACGCUGCUUUCAGCGAAGACGAAAUGGAGUUGUAUCAGGCACUGGAGACAAAGACUCAACUUCAGUUCAACAGGUAUCUUGAAGCUGGCACUGUUGGCAGGAACUACUCCAACAUCUUGGUCCUUCUUCUUCGACUCCGUCAGGCGUGCUGCCACCCGCAUCUGAUAACCGACUUCAGUGUCAAGCUCAACGCGAACACAGAUGAGUUAAAUCUUGUGGAAAAUGCGAAAGCUUUUGGCAAAGAUGUCAUCGUUCGAUUGAAAGAUAGUGACGAUAUGGAGUGCCCCAUCUGCAUUGACGCUGUUGAAAAUCCCAUUAUCUUCUUCCCCUGCGGUCACAGCACCUGCGCCGAAUGUUUCUCUCGCAUUUCUGACCCCGCACUUGCUCUCAGACAAGGAGUCGACGGCUCAGUGGAAGUGAAAUGCCCAAAUUGUCGCGGAAAGGUCGACCCAAAGAAGAUUACCGAUCAUAUUUCGUUCAAGAAAGUGCACUAUGGCGAUCCCGACGGCACCGAGGAACCCGAGGAAGACAAGGCUGUUGAAGACGAGGACGAGAGCGAUGACGAUAGUGACGACGAUAACGAGAGCUUGUCCCGCUUCAUCGUCAAUGACGAUGAAGGCGACGGCACUCCGAAGACGUCCAAGAAGAAGAAAGGCAAGAUGGCCCAGAAGAAUAAGAAGAAGACCCUCGCCGAACUCAAGAAGGAGGCAUCGAAGAACAUCAAGUCGAAGCGCAAGUAUCUCCGCCGCCUGGAGAAGACAUGGGUGACGAGUGCGAAGAUUGAGAAGACCCUGGAGAUUCUCGACGGUAUCCGCCAGGGCGAAGGUAACGAAAAAACGAUCAUCUUCAGCCAGUUCACCUCUCUGCUCGAUCUUCUGGAGGUACCGAUUUCGCGUCGUGGAUGGAACUACCGCCGGUACGACGGGUCCAUGAAGCCCCAGGACCGGAAUGCGUCCGUCCUGGAUUUUACCGAUGAUCCCGACUGCCGAAUCAUGCUGGUGUCCUUGAAAGCCGGUAACUCGGGUCUGAACCUCGUCGCGGCGUCGCAAGUGAUCAUCUUCGACCCCUUCUGGAACCCGUACAUCGAAGAACAAGCGAUCGAUCGCGCUCACCGCAUCGGACAGAUGCGCGAGGUGCAGAUCCACCGCAUCCUGGUGCCGAACACGGUGGAAGACCGCAUUUUGGAACUCCAGGACAAGAAGCGCGAACUCAUCGAAGGCGCGUUGGACGAGAAAGCGUCGAAGAAUGUCUCUCGACUGGGAACCAGAGAACUGGCCUACCUAUUCAAUAUCCGAGACCAAUAA